AUGGAUCGAAUUAUGCAAUCCUUACGAAGAAAAAGCCGUCUAAAACAACUUCAAUUGGUUGUAACAAAUGUAGUUGUAGUUCUUAUGAUGUAUUGGGUUUGUUAUAUGACAAGUGUUGCUACGGUUAGGGGUGUUCAAUUGAUCCAAAAUAAAAGAGAUAGAAAAAUAUUGCGCUUAAUACAAGAAAGUGAUGUGCAUUGCAAAACUGAACUUCGGGUUAAUAGACAAAUCUUUAAUAUUAUUUGUGAGAUGCUUAAGGAGAUUGGAAGCCUCACUCGGACAAAAAAUGUAUCUCUUGAUGAGAUAGUUACCAUGUUUUUGUACACUUUAGCUCACCAUAAAAACAAUAGAUCUAUUGCUCACUUUUUCAUAAGAAGUGGAGAGACCGUGAGUCGGCAAUUCAACCUAUGUCGGAGGGCUAUACUUAAGUUGCAUGAGGAUUUGCUUUACAAGCCCACACCAAUAUUAGAAGAAUGUGAAGACGAAAGGUGGAAACCUUUUAAGAAUUGUUUAGAAGCAUUGGAUGGUACCUACAUAAAUGUAACUAUACAUCCCCAAGGUUGUGGUAAAUAUCGGACAAGAAAAUGUACCGUUGCUAUGAAUGUGUUGGGUGUUUGUGCACCCAACAUGCAAUUUAUCUAUGUUCUUCCGGGUUGGAAAGGCUCUGCUCACGAUGUUCGUGUUCUUCGCAAAGCUCUUACUAGGCCAAAUGGCUUUAGGGUUCCUAGAGAUGAUGUAGAAGAAGAGAAUAUGAGUAAUGACGAUUCCGAUAACGAUUCUGAUGAUGAAGUUGAAUACGUUACUACAAUAGCUACUUCUGAUCGAUGGACUAAUUAUAGAAAUACGUUAACUCAAGAUUUGUUUAAUGCUUGGAGGACAAGAGUUAGACAAGGUACUUGA